AUGGAGAACAUGUCUUUGAAUGCAAAAUCUUCGACUUCAAGCAAAGACGGUCAGAGCUUCAGUCUUUGCAACAAUGGGAACUGGUGUGCAAGAGGUUCUUCCACCGGCUCUUACUUCUGCCUCAGACCCACCUUCAAUCUUCGAUGGGAAAACAAGGGAUUGGAGGAAACCAUAGAAUUGGUUCCUAUUGAUCUGCAGGAUAGGUCUUCUUGGUACAAGGAGAAAGUUUACCCUCCUAACAAGGUGCCCUCACUGGAACACAAUAACGAAGUCAAAGGAGAGAGUCUUGAUUUGAUUAAAUUCAUCGACAGUAACUUUGAAGGGCCUUCACUGUUCCCUGAUGAUCCAGCAAAGAGAGAGUUUGCAGAAGAGUUGUUUACCUACACCGACUCCUUCAGCAAAUCUGUGUUUUCGUUUUUCAAAGGAGAAGGAACUGAGGUAGCUGCUGGUUCUGCAUUUGACUAUAUUGAAACUGCUCUUUCCAAAUUUGAAGAUGGACCUUUCUUUCUCAGCCAAUUCAGUCUGGCGGACAUCGCGUAUGCACCAUUCAUUGAUAGAUUUCAGCAUUUUGCAUUGGAUGUGAAGAAGUAUGACAUCACUGCAGGGAGACCUAAACUAGCAGCAUGGAUUGAGGAGAUGAACAGAAAUGUUGGUUUCAAUAAAACCCGACGUGAUCCCAAAGAGCUCGUUCAAAGCUACAAGAAACGCUUUUCGGCUCAGCCCUGAGAUGUGCUGAUGUGAGGAAACAAGUUGGAAGGGUUGCUGCAGAUGUUCAAAACUUGGCUUCCAAUUUCUCAUAUCUUUGUAUGCCACUGUUAAGU